UGGCUUGAACAGCACGGUAAUAGUUUGAGAGUCAAUCUAGGCAACCGCAUUGAUCUUCUCCCUCAAUCCUCUUGUGUGUUGGGAAUAGUAUAUAGCGUAUGCGGGUUAGAAGAGAAGAAACCAAUAACAAAGUCGAAAUUCAAACACAGAUUUAGAGCUAUUGUUUCUUAGUUCCAGCUCCGUUCAGGCGGUUUUACAGAAUUCCGUUUGGGGAUUCCUACAUUCUGGUUGUUUGGGUUUUAUUAUGAUAUUUGUCUGGUCACGAUGAGCGUACGAAUGGUUUAUGCGAAAAUGGAGAAUCUUGUUGCAUUGUCUCCGGCGGACGAUGGAAAUUUUUCCUUAGCUUACAAUCUGAGUUCCGUAGUGCGUUUAGCAAGUGACAACAGCAACAGCACUGAUUACGGCUAUUACAGGGUUCGCUUCAAUCCUGCUGUAGCGAUCGUUAUUCUGGCUAUAUUCUGUCUCGUUUUCUUCAUCGGCUUUUGCUGCACCUGCGCCUGCCGCCGAUCGCUCGGCGGAGACGGCAGUAGAGCUUUCAGACGAGCGAUGGGCAACGAUAAUGUGAGGACUGCGGCAACUCGGGGCCUGGAGCGUAGUGUCAUUGAGAGCUUUCCAGUAUUCAGCUACGAUUUGGUGAAAGGGCUAAAAGCUCAGGCCAAGGGAUCGGAGUGCCCGGUCUGCCUCAGUGACUUUGAGGACGACGAAAUGGUGCGCUUGCUUCCCAAGUGCAACCACGCAUUUCAUCCAGACUGCAUCGAUAUGUGGCUCUGCUCUCACACCACAUGUCCAGUCUGCCGUACGAGCCUUGUGCCCACAGACGAGCCCAACCCCUCAGGAAACCCAAUCGGUGUUGUCGAGGAGCAGGCGAUAGACAACGGAGCCGUCCGCAUCGAUAUUUCCAAUGACGAAGCAACGAAUGAAGCUCCGGAGACGAGCCACGGUCCAGUGGAGCACUCGCUUGUAAGGGUGCGCAAGGAGUCGGAGAAGGGCCCCGAGUGGUACAUCGCCACCGCGGAGGGGCUUAAGCCUGGGUUGCACAGGAACUGCAGCUUCGUCGAAAUAGAUCUUGCGGACGGGGCAUCCACUUCUAGGGCAGCGCCCUCGUGCUCUAAGCCUGACGGUUCUAUUAACGACACAGGGAGCAGAUCGAACUCGGAAAGACGGGGGAGCAUUCCAGGCUCGUUUUUAAGAACGUUUUCUGAGCGCUCUGCCCUUCAGGCCGACGAGCAAGGUGGGAAUGAGCAGCCGGAUCGCAGAGCUUACUUGAAGAGGACGCUGAGUUGGUUGACAGGAAGAGACAGGGGGCGAGAUAGAGAUGAGUCUCAGAGGGGAUCGAGAUCGGGAUCUUCCAGGCAUGUCAAUCGAAGUUCUCUGAACGUUGAGCUGUAAGCGUAGGGGAAUUCACAGUUUGUGGCUCUGUUCCCACACGGGUUGCGUUGUUCGGGGCUGCAUCAGCGUUGCCGACUUCCGAGUUCCAGCCCACCAACUCCGUUCAAGUGCCGGGCCCACACGUAGACAAAUGUUUAUGACCUGCACUCCCCUUCAUGUCCGGCAACGACUGGGAAACUUCAUGGUUAGAGAUGGGAAGGACUAUAUGUCAUAUAUGAUUUUUUGUGGGAUUGCAUUGUAUAUGUAUGUUUUGUGGGAUGGGAAAAUGAUAUAACAAAUAUGUUAUAUAUGAUUUUUUGACGGGAUUAUAUAGAUUAGGGUAUUUUAUUUGUAUAGUUUAUUGGAUGGAAAAAUUAUACAACAAAUAUAUCAUAUAAGAUUUUUUUA